GUAACUUCCUCUCACAUGGAAAGAUGCCCACCAGUAGCAGCAGCGCUGGGUGGAAGGUCGUCUGACCUCCGGAGGAAAAUUUCUGGUCAGACGUUUCGGUACAACAUGUGUCGCCAGAAACACUACCGACUUCCAAUCUCAACGACAGACCCGUUCCUACCCAGUGCCAGCGAAGUGCUAGACGUCCGCACGCCGGCUGAGUUUGCAGAGGACCACGUACCCGGGGCACGGAACCUGCCCGUCCUGAGUGACCAGGAAAGAGUGGACGUGGGGACUCUGUACAACGAGGAUUCCUUCGCAGCGAGGAAACUAGGAUCAGCUCUCAUCUCUGCCAAUAUAUCUACUAUGAUCCAAGAUAAUUUCUUAGAAAAACCCAAGGACUACACCCCACUGGUGUACUGCUGGAGAGGAGGGCAGCGGUCAGGCAGCCUAGGAAUUGUACUGUCACAGAUAGGCUUCAAGGUCUAUUUGCUGGAAGGAGGCUACCGUACAUACCGACAAACGGUGGUGAGAGACCUCCAAGAGCUGCCAGCAAAGUUCAAGUUUCUUAUGCUGUCUGGCAUGACAGGAGUGGGCAAGACUUUCCUUCUGCACAGACUACAGGAGCAGGGGGAACAGGUGUUAGAUCUGGAGGGAGCUGCCAGGCACAAGGGCUCCAUACUUGGCCUGUGGGCAGGGGAGACACAGCCGUCUCAAAAGACAUUUGAAUCUUCCCUGAGAUGUUCACUUGCACAAUUUGAUUCAUCAAGGCCUGUGUGGCUUGAAUCUGAAAGCAGCAAAGUUGGACGUCUCCACAUCCCUACCGGCCUGUUUGAACAGAUGAAGGCGGCACACAGGAUAGAACUCCACGUGCCCAUGUCCUGGCGCGUCCAACAAAUCCUCCGAGACUACCCUCACUUCACUCAAGACAGGGCACACCUCAAACAACUGCUGCAAACCCUCCACAAGUUUCACGGUGGAAAGCAGCUGGACUCGUGGUUUGGCUUGAUCGACAACGGAAGAUGGGAGGAGUUUGUGGAGUGUAUAUUGAGGGAACACUAUGAUCCAGCUUACUCCAAGUCGGUGAAAAGGAAUUCACUCGGAGGGCUGAAUCCUACAACACUCCAGGUGGACAGCAUGGAUCAGGACUAUGUCCAAAGAACUUUGUUGGCAGAAUUGUUGUCUCUUGGUGACAGGGUUAACAAUUCUACAGAAAGUGCGCGUCAUUGUCGGUGCCAGAGCAAGGAGACAGACAUGUCUACGGAAGAAGUCGAAACUCCCGUUGCCGAAAACGGCUCAUCUGAGCCCAAAGCUUCCUCUCCCAAGCCACAAGUUAAAAGGGAGAAGUCGUCAGGUGACAGAGACAACCGUAGUAGAGGCGGUCGGGACAGGAGAGACCGGGACCGUGACAGGCGAUACCAGCCGUAUGGCCGAGAGGGUCGGGGUGGCGGCGGCAGAGGGUCACGGGGACACGGUCAGGACCCGGAGAGAACCGUCUACAUCAGUAACAUUCCAUACGAGAUGAAAUGGCAGGACAUCAAGGACCUUUUCAGAGACAAGGUUGGAGAGGUGACAUACGUUGAGAUGUUCACAGACAUGGAUGGGAAAUCCAGGGGUUGUGGUAUUGUAGAGUUCAAAGACAAGGAUGCAGCAAAGAAGGCUGUUGACAACUUACACAAACAUCCCAUCAACGGCAGAAACAUCAUUGUCAGAGAAGAUAGCAGUGGUGAACUGCAACGUCGAGCGAGAAUCAAGAAUGACCAGGGCAUGCCAGGGGGAGACAUUGGAGGGGGACCCAUGGGCAUGGGGGGAGGAAUGGGCAACAUGGGAGGGGGUAUGGGCAACAUGGGAGGGGGUAUGGGCAACAUGGGGGGAGGCAUGGGUAAUAUGGGAGGGGGUAUGGGUAACAUGGGGGGAGGCAUGGGCAACAUGGGUGGGGGGAUGGGCAACAUGGGUAACUCCAAUGUCGACCCUGAGCUGAUGAGGAGGCUGAACAAUGGAGACAUCAGCAACGUCGUGUUUGUGGCCAAUCUUGACUACAAGGUCACGUGGAAGAAGUUGAAAGACAUCUUCAAGAUGGCAGGAAAUGUGCUGAGAGCUGAGAUCAAGACGGACAAUGAAGGCAAGAGCCGCGGCCAUGGCACAGUCACGUUUGAAUUCCCACUCGAGGCAGCACAAGCCAUCUCCAUGUUCAAUGGGCAGAAGUUAUUUGACAGAACGAUGGUUGUCAGACCGGACUCCAAAGGACCAGGUGAAAUGGGUAGAGACCCCGGCCCCAAACUGCCAAGUGGACUGAGUGGAAUUGGUGCAGGUCUGGGUCCAGGUGGACAGCCUCUGAAUGUCCACCAGAUGGGCAGUGGUGGCGGCGGUGGAGGCGGCAUGGGAGGAGGAAUGGGCGGUGGCGGCAUGGGUGGAGGAGGAAUGGGUGGAGGCAUGGGAGGAGGUCUCGGUGGAGGCAUGGGUGGAAAUAUGGGAGGUGGAAUGGGUAACAUGGGAGGCAUGUCAGACCUUGGUGGUAACAUGGGUGGGAUGGGAGGCGGAAUGGGAAACAUGGGAAGAGAUGCCAGGUUGUCAGUCAGCACUUCUAGGGAGGAUAUAGGGAGAGGCACAGGUGGACUAGGGAUGGGUGACCUCGGCGGGGGAGGUGGCAUGGGCAUGGGAGGAGGCAUGGGCAACAUGGGAGAUUCCAUGGGCGGCAUGGGGGGAGGCAUGGGCAGUCCUGGCAUGGGCGGCGGCAUGGGAGGUGGAUUCGGAGGAGGCAUGGGAGGUGGAAACAUGGGAGGAAACAUGGGCGGGAUGGGAGGCAUGGGCAACCCCAUGGGUGGUGGCAUGGGUGGAGGAGGCAUGGGAGGAGGAGGUGGCAUGAUGGGCGGAGGUAUGGACAAUAACAUGGGCAGAGGAGGCAUGGGCGGCGGCCGCAACAGGAGCUGUCAGAUCUUUGUCAGAAACCUCCCAUGGUCCUUCACCUGGCAGAUGCUGAAGGAGAAAUUCAAGAGUUGUGGUCGUGUGAUGUAUGCUGAGAUCAAGAUGGAGAACGGAAAGUCAAAGGGAUGUGGCACUGUCCGCUUUGACACCCCCGAGGGUGCCCAGAGAGCUUGUGGUAUCCUUUGA